AGAUAACAUGGAAAUAUGACGCCUGCUAUCGCAUGUUGUAAUACGACACUUAUAACCAAAACAAUAUAUCUUUAUAACAAUAUCAUUUGCUUACUUAUACGAAUGUUGUUAUUUUAAUAUUACAUAUUAUUUAUCACCAUAGUUUUUUACGUGGAUUUUUGCUUUAAGUAAAUUACACAGACAUAAAGAGAAGCAUCUGUGGUAGAGAAUAUUAUUGCUUUUUUUAUCCACCCCUAUCCCAUUUGUAAUUAGCAAGCUAAGUUUUAAUUUUCAAUUGUCCGAAACUUUUUAAAACUAGCAAUCAGUCAAAUCACUUUUGAUUUUUGUCCUGUCAUUGAAUUCAAAUUUUUGUAACCUCAUAACAUUAAAGCCAUAUUAACAUUUUUGGACACAAAAAAAUGUAAAGAAAAUCUCAGUAAAUCAAUUCGUUAUAAAUUAUGUAAAAAUCUAAAAAAAAAUAUGGGAGCCGGAAGAAGUAAAGCGGUGGCCUCGGGUUUGAAGUACUGCACAUUAUGGAAGGCAGACCGCAGUCCCGCGUGCAGAGCUGUUAUGAUGGCACUGGAUUCAAUGGAUUUAAGUAUAACCGAAGUUGAUGUAAACUUGGAUAAAGGAGAGCACAGAGCUCCAGAAAUUGCCGUAAUGAAUCCAUUACAAACGCUACCUAUUCUGAAGGAUAGAGAGCUGGUUCUUCACGAUAGCCACGCCAUCUGCACGUAUCUUGUAUCGCGGUAUUGUAGCUCGAGUCGCUUACUUCCACAAGAUCCUGGAGGAAGAUCGGUGGUCGAUCAAAUACUCCAUUUCAACAGUAGUAUAUUGUACCCAAGAUUUCAAGCUGCGGCGUAUCCCAUCCUAUAUGAAAACUGUAACUUCGUGUUGCCGCAGCAAAUCUAUGAUAUUGAAAGUGCCUAUAAAGAUUUGGAGAGUAUGUUGAUUUCCAAACAAUGGUUUACAGGAUGCUGGCCAACCCUCGGAGACAUUGCUCUUUGCUCUAUUCUUAGCACUUUAGAUGUUUUAGUACCCAUAGACAAAACCAGGUACCCGCUACUGUCGAGUUGGCUUUAUCGCAUGUCAGAAGAAGGGUUUUAUCUCACGGCUAAUAAAAAAGGACUUGGCGAGUUCUCGAGAAGAAUAGAUUGUGGCUGCGCCUUUGACGACAAAAUAUUCAAAUGUCCAAGAAGUUCUCUCAGAAGACGAGCACUUAUAAGCACACAGGAAACAAAAACCUGACAUAAGGGUCCACCUUAGGGACCUGGGCACCGCGGGCGAAUUUUUUAGGCGCUUCGUGUGUUGUAAAUUAUUUUUUGGUUCUCAAGUAUUUUUAUGGGUAACGCCUUAUCAGCUCUCCUUGAGGUCGGUAGGGACUGGCUAACAAUCUUCAUUCUUCAAAUUUAUUAAUUCUUGUACUUAUAACAAAAUUAACGAAUAAUAUUUUGUGAACAAUUAUCUAGAUUUUGAAUAAUGGUCCUGAAAAGUAAUUUUAUAUUCCAUGAUUGUUUGCGAGACGAAAACAUUACUACUUUAUCUACAUAAUUACCAUUACUGUAAAUAAAUCUGAUUAUAAUCCGACAAA